CCCCGUCGCACUUUCGUCGUGGCAACGUCGAAGGUUUUACUUUCCUUCAUUUUCUGGCAUUUGGAUAUGGCGGCUAAUGCAAAAGGCAAACGCAAGACGAAGGGCAAGACCCUGGACCUGAACACGUUCCUGGGGGAGGAUCACGAUGCCCCCAGCGGGUUCGCGGUCGUCAACACCAGGCGCAUCGACUGGGCGGACCUCAUGGACAACGAGGACAUAGACGACCGCUACACCCUGGACUUCAAGAAGGACGAGGGGAGGGUGGUGCUCCCCACGGCCCCCAAGGCGGCGAGGGGCCCCGACGUGGACCUGGGGCGCGUGCCCGAGGGGCCCCCCUACACGGCGUUCCUGGGGAACCUGCCCUACGACGUCACGGAGGACGACAUCUCGUUCUUCUUCCGGCAACUCCAGGUGAAGAAUGUGCGUCUCCCCAGGGAGAACGGGGAGAAGGGGAGGAUCAGGGGCUUCGGCUAUGCGGAGUUCAACAACAGACAGGACCUCAUACAGGCGCUGGCACUCAACAACGAGUCGCUGAAGAACAGGGCCAUCAAAGUCAGCCUGGCCGGAGAGCACGAUGGCGAGCGGGACAGACGGGACGGCGGCCCGGACAGGACGACCGGGGACUGGCGCUCCGCCAGGGUAGAGCAGUUCUCCAGGGAGGAGCCCAGGAACGAUUCCCGGGGCGGCGGCUUCUCGGACCGGGACUCCUUCGGGGGCGGCUUCUCCCGCGAGCGCAACGGGGACCGCUACGAGCGCAACGACCGCUUCGAGAGGAGGACCAACGACAGGGGAUACGGCUUCUCCUCCGACAGAGGCAGUGCCAGUCGCGGCGGCAGCGGCAGAAGCUUCGAGCGGCGGGACGGGUACGAGCGGCGAGACGGAUUCGGGCGGCGGGAUGAGCCCCCCAGAGACUCCAGGUACCGGGACUCCGCGGAGCGCGACUAUUCGGACAGGAGGCCGCCCGACCGGACGUCCUACGACUCGGGGAGCGGCGGAGGGGGACAGAGGAGGAAGCUGCAGCUGGCCCCCCGCACCAAGCCCAUCGAGCCGCUGCCUCCCCCCGCGGAGGCGGUGGGCUCCAGCUCCAUCUUCGGGGGGGCCAAGCCGGUGGACACCGCCGCCCGGGAGAGGGAGAUCGAGGAGAGGCUGGCCAGGGAGAAGGAGGUCGCCCCGCCCCCCGCCACCAGGGUGGAGGAGCCUCGCGUGAGGAAGUUCAGCUCCGGCUCGGCCGUGAGCAAUCGCUCGAGGCGCUCGUCCGACUCGGGGCCCCUGCGGGAGGACGAGGACCACGUCCCCCCCUACAAGCCCCCCAUACCCAGGCAGUUGGAGCGUGAGGGUCAGCUCUACAACACCCUCCCCAGGUCCAGGCAGAGGUGCAGCAGCAACAGCAGCAGCACAGGAAGCGAGAGAGACCACCCCAAGGGGAGCCCCAGAGACUCUCAUCCGGAGCGGAGCCAGACUGCCGACGGAGCACCCUACGAGGAGCCCAGACCUCCGGUGUACACUUCGGCCAACAAAUUCUCCCACCUGAUGAACGACGCCGAGGACUUGGACCGGGGCGGGGACUCCGAGUGACCUCCGUGGACUUCCCUUUCCGGCGAUAGCGUUGUACAAUUACCUUUUUCUUUGUAGGACUUUUACAUUUCAAAUCCUAUACAUAUAUAUA